AUGAGUGAAUAUUGCUACAUGCUCUGCGCAUUGGGCGUUUCUGCCAGGUGCUGCGCGUCGGAACGGUAUUCCAGCGGUUGGUGUAGACGGAGUAUCCUUGAAAUGUCAGCAAAACGCCCGAUGGACAGUUGCCCCAUCAGUGAUCCCGCACUGGAUGUGAGGGAUGCUGCCGCUGUUAUUUGGAGGGGAGAAUAUUUUUCUGCGAUGCCUGGGGAUGAGUCAUCUUCGUGGUGUCUGGACACGCUUCCCACCAACACGACGGAUGCGAGGGACCCGGAGGAGACACAUCCGAGUGCUGUAGCGCAAGCGGCAUUGAGGUGCCUCAGUAUGUAG